CGAGCUCAUAUCCCACCACAAUGCGAGGCCAAUUGCCGCUGCUAAGGACGGCGCGCGGCCUGCGACUUCUGAGGCUGACGCCGCCACCGCCGUCGUACGUCUGCACCCAGUGCCGGACGAUCCAGAUCAGCGCCGCCCCGAGCACCGAGACGCCCAAGGCCGGCGCUGAUGCUUUCGGAGCUCUGGAGACGAGGGAUCCCGCCGAUGCUCGAUUCGAGGUUCUCGGCGCUCCAUACUCGCUGUUGUCGGUGACGCUGUCGGCGUCGCAGAAGCUGUACACUCGGAGGGGUACACUGGUUGCUGUCGCCGGCAAGCCUGAUAGUGCUCAAUCCACGCUGUCAAUUCUAAAUCCCGCCACACGAGCCUUCCUCGGAGUCCCGUUCCUUUAUCAACGCAUCUCGGCUACGACGCCCAUCACGGCGUUGAUCGCAACCAAGUCGCCCACGACCACUUUUACGGUUCUUCACCUCGAUGGAACGACAGACUGGAUGGUUUCUCAGCGGAAUGCGCUGCUCGCCUGGACUGGACACACACUAUCUCCAUCGGCGCGCCUCCAAACUGGACUCACGCUGGCGCAUUGGGGUAACACCCAUUUGACCGGACGAGGACUCGCUGCUCUUUCAGCACCGGGACAGAUCUACGAGCUCACAUUGAAGGAGGGUGAGGAGUUUGUUGCGCAUCCCGGCAGUGUCGUUGCCUACACAGUGGGAAGACACGCCCCACAGCCUUUCCGGUUCAAGAGCAACAGCCUGAGGAUCCAGGUCCCUUCGCUGUCGAGAUGGAUCCCGGAAGCCGAGUGGAUGAAGACUGUCCGCAACUCGGAGGCUUACAAGUUCUUGGCACGGGCACUCUACAGCUUGCGCACGGCGACUCGGAGGACCAUCUGGGGCGACCGGCUGUUUCUGCAGUUCCACGGGCCGAGCCGGAUCCUCAUGUCGAGCCGAGGGGUGCGCGCCUCUGACGUGCUCACCAAUAGACAGGUGGAUGAGAUUGCUGAUGCUCCUGCCGGUGUGCUUGCGCAGGCGUUGGAGCUGACCAACAAGCCGAAGCUGUCAGACGGAUCUGCGUCCAAGACUUCUCCUGUUGAGUCUGCCAAGCAGGGUCAGGCGACAGGUAUUCAUGUUGCACCAGCUGAGAAGGAUGGCAAGGUCAAGUUUGAGGAUGACAAGGACCUCAAGGAGUUUAUCCGAUGA